AGCAUAGAGUUGCCAGCCUGCUAUCAGCAAUAACUACGCAGUAACGGCAUGAUAUUUAUUAAAAUAUUUAGAAACUAAUAAAUCAACACUACAAUGUAGAUGAAAAAUAAUCGUGAUAAGAUUUCAAAUUUAUUUUUCUGCAAAUGAAAAAUAAUGCAUAUUUGACAAAUUGUAAAUCGGAUAGAGCGACAACUCUAGCCCAAAACCUUCAGCUGUGUCUUUGUAUACAUAUUAAUAACACUGAAAAAACUCAGCAUUUUGUAAUUUGCCUAAAGCGAAAAGUAAAAAACGAAAAGAACCAAAACGAAACUGACUUGACGAGAAAAUGGAUGGGGAAGAGGCAGCAGAUAUCGAUGAAACAAACUCGUCAAAUCCACAUGCAGCAGCUGUAGUUGCAACUGAAAUGCAGGCAGUGGCAGAGGCCGAAAGGCCCGAGGAGCAACAGCAACAGCAGAUGCCACAAACUAGCAGCGGCGAAGCAGAUGGCGAUGUAGAUGGCGAUGGAGUCAGUGCAAUAGCAGCCCUUGCGACGAGAGUGCGUUUGGAGAAUAUGCUUGAAGUGGUGGACAAUAUGUUUGACGAGGUCAGCGAGCUGAUGGUCGAUGUCACUGAACUGAUGCAACGUGCCAGCGAGCUAACGGGCACGACAACUCCCACGCCCACCGCACCGGAAAAUCAGGCGGAAAAUGCGCCAGAAAUUGAGCCAGCUCAACCAGCAACACCACCAGAAAUUGCCGAGCUGCUUGAGGAAGCGAUCGCUGCGAAUCCGUUGGGACAUAACGUGCUCAAUCCGGGUGACGAUGCGAGGAGCAUCAGUUCCAGGCACAGUGGUAGUGAUAUGUCGCUGGACAGUCCAGGCAGUGAAGAUGAUUCGGAUGCGGAGGCCGUGCCACGUUGGAUAAUACCAGAGAAUCGUGUCCGUUCGGCAGUCGAUAUGCUCGUAUCCCAGGCACGCAAUCAGGAUGGUGGCAUUGCCACACUGUUGCGUCGUGAGAACUUCUUGCAGCGGGUGCGUAGCAUGGUCUUUAGCCAGGAUCGAGUGCGUGGCCGCGAAAGCGAUGAGGCCAACCUGGAUGCGGGCAAUGUUGUCGAUGAGGAACUAUCGCCAGAAUUGUCACCAGCACCGCUGGAUAUUGAUAUGGAGGAGGGUGUACGUUUCGAUACGAAUCUCCCCGCGGAGCAUUCAUAUUUCGGGCCAAAUCUAAAUCGUGUGCCCGGCGUAGAUUAUCUUGAAGUUGGAAGUACACAUCGCAUGCUAAUAUUCAUGCAUCAGCACAUCCUGUUUCCCGGUGAGGUGUUGCCUUUCAUGAUCGAUGGCAGCAUCAUCGAUGAGGAGAUUCACGACACUGGACGCGAUGGCGUCAUUUUUGGCGUUGGUUUCCCAUUGAUGCAGCCACCGGAUGAUAAUCCCCAUAAGCUUUACGGCGUUACCUGCCAAAUCUAUGAGAAGGGCGAAAGUGGACGUCAGAUGGUAUUUUAUAAAUCCCGCGCCCUCCAACGUAUCGUCAUCAAUUGCGAUGACAUUCAAGGUCCGCCACAGUACAUAGCGCGCAAUCCGACCAUGAAGUGUUACAGCAAGGUGAAAGUCUUGCCGGAAUACUUUUUGCCCGAACCGCUCAAAUGCAUCGAUAUGGGCUCAUUGAAUCGUUUUCGUGAUUUACCCUCGAUGCAGGAUAAGUUUCGAAGGUAUCAACUGACCAGCACACCCUGGCCGUUAGAGGCGUGCGAGGAAUACUCCUUUGAGCAUAUUGUGGAGAUGGCUCGCAAGAAGCUCGAAGUGCACAAAAUCGACACAAUGCCAAAGUGUCCGAUUCAAUUAUCAUAUUGGCUCGUGCGCAAUUUGCAUCUCACUGAGAAAAUGAUGCGUCUAACGUUUCUCACGGACUCGGUUAAUACCAGACUCCAGAUCAUUGGCUCCACAUUAAAGCAGGAGUCGCUCUUCUAUUGUCGAUAUUGCAACAGCAGUUUGGCCUAUUGCUCCGAUCUAUUUGCCAUGUCGAAGCAUGGAGUGCAAACCCAAUAUUGCAAUUCAGCCGGCUAUAUACACGAGACAAAUACGGUUUAUCGAAUAAUAGCACAUGCCGUUGGCUAUAGCGGUGAGCCAUCCACCGAGUUCAGUUGGUUUCCCGGCUAUCAGUGGCACAUCAUUAUAUGCAAGUUUUGUGCCCAACAUGUUGGCUGGGAAUUCAAAGCGGUCGAUCCAAAUUUGGCGCCGAAAGUAUUCUUUGGUCUGGCUGGGUCUAGUGUACGCAUUGGUAAAACUAGCGAACGGACUCCCACGCAAGGCAAUCCGUUUGUGGUACGCAAUCUGUUGCAUCUUGUUUUCCGGGAAAUUGAAUGAGCUUGGCGAGUGGUGAAACGUGUUUGCAACUUCUGCUUCUGCUGUUGUCGGCGAACCGGGGCAGCAGCCUAAUUCUCCAGCUUCAACUGUAAAGCAUUUUAAAUUCGUUUCGCUCUCGGCCCGUCUAGCAUAUUUGCAAAAAAGGAAAGAAAAAAAACAAAACACUUUACAUUUAAAAUGCAACUCUCUGUUGUCGUCAGAAGAACAUGAAGAUUGAUUUACCAAGUUAUAUUAAAACUAAUAGAUGCUUAAGAUAACUCUAUGUGAAUUAAUUUCUUUCUAACCAACGUUAUGCUAUUAUAAAUAAAUACAUAUUAAAAUAUGGGGAGAAAAACCAAAACAUUUAGAAUAUAAAAUAUGAAACUACAAAAAAUUUGAAUUUGAAAAUCUUUUUACAAUAAAUUCAAUUUCAGUCAAAAUUUUUCUUUACAAAUCAAAUGAUAAAA